GGGGUGUUGGGUGCUGGAGAUCAGAGCGGGGUCGUGGCGGCGGCGGUGAGGACAGAGCGGCGGAGGGGGGGGGUGUCAUGGCGGGACAGCAGUUCCAGUACGAUGACAGCGGGAACACCUUCUUCUAUUUCCUCACCUCAUUCGUGGGGCUCAUCGUGAUCCCGGCCACAUACUACCUCUGGCCCCGCGACCAGAACGCCGAGCAAAUUCGAUUAAAGAAUAUCAGAAAAGUAUAUGGAAGAUGUAUGUGGUAUCGUUUACGGUUAUUAAAACCCCAGCCAAAUAUUAUUCCUACUGUAAAGAAAAUAGUUCUGCUUGCAGGAUGGGCAUUGUUCUUAUUCCUUGUAUACAAAGUUUCCAAAACAGACCGAGAAUAUCAAGAAUACAAUCCUUAUGAAGUAUUAAAUUUGGAUCCUGGGGCAACGGUAGCAGAAAUUAAGAAACAGUAUCGUUUGCUGUCACUUAAAUAUCAUCCAGAUAAAGGAGGUGAUGAAGUUAUGUUCAUGAGGAUAGCAAAAGCUUAUGCAGCUUUAACUGAUGAAGAGUCCCGGAAAAACUGGGAAGAGUUUGGAAAUCCAGAUGGCCCUCAAGCCACAAGCUUUGGAAUUGCCCUGCCAGCUUGGAUAGUUGACCAGAAAAACUCAAUUUUGGUUUUACUUGUAUAUGGAUUGGCAUUCAUGGUUAUCCUUCCAGUUGUUGUGGGCUCUUGGUGGUAUCGCUCAAUACGCUAUAGUGGAGACCAGAUUCUAAUACGCACAACACAGAUUUAUACAUACUUUGUUUAUAAAACCCGAAAUAUGGAUAUGAAACGUCUUAUCAUGGUUUUGGCUGGAGCCUCUGAAUUUGAUCCUCAGUAUAACAAAGAUGCCACAAGCAGACCAACAGAUAAUAUUCUAAUACCUCAGCUAAUCAGAGAAAUUGGCAGCAUUAAUUUAAAGAAGAAUGAGCCUCCACUUACCUGCCCAUAUAGCCUGAAAGCCAGAGUUCUUUUACUGUCUCAUCUUGCUAGAAUGAAAAUUCCUGAGACCCUUGAAGAAGAUCAGCAGUUUAUGUUGAAAAAAUGCCCUGCCCUACUUCAAGAAAUGGUUAAUGUAAUCUGCCAACUAAUAAUAAUGGCCCGAAGUCGUGAAGAAAGGGAGUUUCGUGCUCCAACUUUGGCAUCCCUAGAAAACUGCAUGAAGCUUUCCCAGAUGGCUGUGCAAGGCCUUCAGCAGUUUAAGUCUCCCCUUCUGCAGCUGCCUCACAUUGAAGAGGACAAUCUUAGAAGGGUUUCUAAUCAUAAAAAGUACAAAAUUAAGACUAUCCAGGAUUUGGUGAGUUUAAAAGAAUCAGAUCGUCACAAUCUACUGCACUUCCUUGAAGAUGAAAAAUAUGAGGAGGUUAUGGCUGUCCUUGGGAGUUUCCCAUAUGUGACUAUGGACAUAAAAUCACAGGUAUUGGAUGAUGAAGAUAGCAACAACAUCACAGUAGGAUCCCUAGUUACAGUGUUGGUUAAAUUGACAAGGCAAACAAUGGCAGAAGUAUUUGAAAAGGAACAGUCCAUCUGUGCUGCAGAGGAACAGCCAGCAGAAGAUGGGCAGGGUGAUACUAACAAGAAUAGGACAAAAGGAGGAUGGCAGCAGAAGAGUAAAGGACCUAAGAAAGCUGCUAAAUCGAAAAAAAAGAAACCUUUAAAAAAAAAACCUACACCUGUGCCCUUACCACAAUCAAAGCAACAGAAACAAAAGCAGGCAAAUGGAGUUGUUGGGAGUGAAGCUGCAGUAAAGGAAGAUGAAGAAGAAGUUUCUGACAAAGGCAGUGAUUCUGAAGAAGAAGAAACGAAUAGAGAAUCCCAGAGUGAAAAAGAUGAUGGUAGUGACAGAGACUCUGAUAGAGAGCAAGAUGAAAAACAAAACAAAGAUGACGAAGCAGAGUGGCAAGAAUUACAACAAAGUAUACAGCGAAAGGAGAGAGCUCUACUGGAAACCAAAUCAAAGAUAACACAUCCUGUUUAUAGUCUUUACUUUCCCGAGGAGAAACAAGAAUGGUGGUGGCUUUAUAUUGCAGAUAGGAAGGAACAGACGUUAAUAUCUAUGCCAUAUCACGUGUGUACGCUAAAAGAUACAGAAGAGGUAGAACUGAAGUUUCCUGCACCAGGCAAGCCUGGAAAUUAUCAGUAUACAGUGUUUCUGAGAUCAGACUCCUAUAUGGGUUUGGAUCAGAUUAAACCCCUGAAGUUGGAAGUUCACGAGGCUAAGCCUGUACCGGAAAAUCACCCACAGUGGGAUACAGCAAUAGAGGGGGAUGAAGACCAGGAAGACAGUGAGGGCUUUGAAGAUAGCUUUGAGGAAGAGGAAGAAGAGGAGGAAGAUGAUGACUAAGCAGUACUAUGACUGGACCACAAUAUUUGCACAUACUUGCAAAUUUUUGCUGUUUCGGAAGUGUAUAAUAAACCAGAAACAGUGCAGAACUGCUGUUGAGGGAGGUAUUAGUUCUUUACUCGAAAUGGGUGCAUAAUACAACUGGGCAGUGGUGGUGCCUUGGUGCAGUCCGAAACGCUUAAGGCUUGUUAGAGCCUUUCACGUAUGAAUGGGAUGGUGCAUUUAUUUCAUCUGCAAACGAUAAUAAACCCUUUGUUAUAACUGUCCAGAAGUGUGGGCUAUGUAUUAUCCGAUCAUUUUAUGGUCCCAGUAAAAGUAAAGGUACAUGAAAACCAAUCUAUAAGUGAGCAACUUUUCUUUGUUUAGCUUUAGUUUGUAGCAAACAUUAGAGGAUGAUAAACACCACACAUACGUUUUAAGUAACAUCUGCUCAAGUUUUAAUCUUUUGAUAAGCUCUAUCAUUCAUUUUAUUGACAUUUUGCAGUGAUACAAAACUAUUUAUAACAGCUCUAUUCAUAGCUUUAAACUUUUUAUUUUUAUCUAUCUUGGUCAUAAGUUGGCAUUCUGUCACAUUCCACAUAAUACAGAGGGCUACAUUUGGGGAUUUUCCUUUUCUUAAUAAGCCCAGAGUUAUUAGGUUAUAAAAAUGGCUUUUAAUGGCUUAAAACAUUUUUAAGCCUCUAUUUUAGCAGAUCAGUGCAGGAUCUAAUUCUUUUUAUAAACUAUAGGUCUAAAAAUGAGUGUGGGACCAUAUGUUCUCUGAUGUUGGUGACUCAUGUUAUUAAGCCUUUUUUAAAAGGUUCACUAUAAAAGCUAAAAUACAUUCUUAGCUUUUAAUCUACCUGACUCAGAAACCUUUUAAGGAAAAAAAUAGAUAACAUGCAGUGGAGGCAUUUUUUUGUAUUCAUUUUGGACUCCUGUCAAUAAAAUAGAAGUUUGACUCAUUUUACAUUUGUAACGGUGUGUCUUUUUACUCCCAGAGAAAGCAUAUAAUAGGAUAAUUCAUUCUUUUAUUUUUCAACUAAAAUAUAAUAAUGUCCAUUACUGCUCAAGUGGCCACUGUGUCUGUAUGGCAUAGAAAACCGUAUGAGUGGGAGGAGUUUCCCCCUCACACAUUGCAACCCCGAAGGAUAGUGCUUAUAGAGAGUAGAAAUGUAUACAUGAUGAAUCACUGAGGUAAGAUGAAUAUUUUUAUUACUAGUUACUGAGGAAGCGUAUGUCUGUAAUAUUACAGGACUGAUUGUAAUAAUCCCUCUCCUAUCAAAAUCUCCAUAGGCCAAAGUACUGUUGGAAUACUGAUUUGUGACCUUACUGAUUUAAAAGGUUGCCACUUUCCAUUCAGAAUUACCACUGGUGUUUUGUUACUGCAGUAGUUGGAAAUAAAAUGUGAAAAUUACCAAAAACAUGAAUGGUUUUCCUGGUUCUAAAUUUAGGAUGUAAUAUUUUCUACAGUAUGUUCAAAGCGAUUUCUCCAUUGGAAACUCCAUCACCUGUUUUUCUCUUUAAAGGUGUUAGACCCUUCCUUGGCAGGCAGAAGUGCCACUGAGGAGUUGUUUCUCUUCGCAAGUAGAGGGUUUAAUUUUUGAGUUAGGUUUUGCCGGGAAGGUGAGACUGUCAGGUGAGACAGCUGCUGGUCACCUAAGUGUGGUAGAAGGCAGUGAGCCCUGCCCGUAGCAUCAAGCAAAAGGAGUUGUUCAAGAAAACGUGUGAACGAACCAGUGUGUAAUGUACACAUGUCCUGGUUUUCUUAAAAGAUAAUUUUCAAGAAAGUAUUUCUAUUCUAGUAGCCAUUUUGUCUUACAGAGGCUUUCUGUGUUUAGAGAGGAUGAUUUCACAACCUAAGAACUCACCAUAGUACUUAAAAAAACAGCAUCACCUUGACCUUAGAAAAUGCCACUAGUCUGUUUUCCUUUGCCCUCUGGGUGAUCUAUAUGUACUUCCCAACCAAGUAAGUACAUUAUCCUCUAAUAAGUACUUUAG